CUUGUCGAUAGACCUUCAGCUAGCACAUCGUCGCUGCUUGCGAAAUGAAACGGGAGCUCAGUGAAGGGCAAGAGAUGUCUGAGGGAUCAUCGACUCCUCCAUUGAGGGCUCUCGAUGCUGGCAGCUCGCAGCCGACUCCUCCGAAGCGUUUCAAGGCGGAAGCCUCUCCAUCGAUCGAGGGCAACGGCAUUGACUAUAGAUCUCUGGCUUGCAGGGAGUUUGGCCCAUCAUACAACGAGUGGCCAGCUCCCGCACGAGCGAUACUGGCCGCUCAAAAAUUUAUCAUCGAGAUAACGACACAACAGCUCCCGGUAUUGAUAGCUCCUGACAAGGAUGCUGACGGUCUAUCUGCUGGAACUUUGCUGCACAAAACUCUACUUCAUCUGGGUCUUCCUGAGACUUGCAUCCAGGUUCAGCACUUGCAAAAGGGCAACAAUGUCCACUCUGCAAAGGAGGUGGAACGGAUCGCCGCUAGUGGUGUCUCGAGAGUCAUUGUAUUAGAUCAAGGCAGCCGACCUGGCCCACCGAUCUUUGACCCGGAUGAGGAUGGUCAAGCUCGAACACUGAUCAUAGAUCAUCAUUACUCACACGAGUGGCCAGAUCAUUCCGUCGUCCUAACAGCCUGCCACUCUCCACCUAUCGUGACUACAUCGCUGUUAACAUACCUGCUCCUGCGUGACCUCGCUCCGUCGUUCGUCAAAUCAGAAGGAUGGCGAGCGCUGGUUGGUCUGAUAGGAGACCUUGGACCCAACGCUGCGGAAUGGGGUCAGCCGCCCUGGCCCACAGAGCUGGGCAGACUGUCCAAAAGACUUGGCUCCAAAGCGUUGGCGGAUAGCGUCGCUGCAAUCAAUGCACCACGGCGCACAGCCGAGUAUGAUGUCCCAAAAGCAUGGAAGAUCCUCUUGGAAGCCAACACGCCUCAAGCGGUUGCCUCGCAUGCCUACUUGAAACUUUGCAAGCUUGAUGUCGGGGAUGAGACCCAGAAGUGGGCACGGACAGCUCCCAAAUUCUCUCAAGACGGCCGUAUAGCUCUUAUCACAAUCUCCACGGGUUUCCAGAUCCAUCCGGUGAUUGCGACCAGAUGGGCAGGAACGCUGGGCAGGAAGAGUGGUAAAUUGGUCAUGGUCAUGUGCGCAAACACGGCGUAUAAUCCGGAUGGUAGAGUUUCAUUCUCUUGUCGUAUCGCAGCCACAUUGAGGACAUUGCCAGAUGGAGAGCGUCCGAAUCUCAUACAGCUUUUACUGGAUAUUGGACAUGCCAUACCGGGUUUCAUGGAUAGAGUUGGCGGUGACUUUGCUCGGGGUCAUAAAGAGGCCACCGGCAUCGGCAAACCCCCGUCGCGAAAGAACGAGAACGUCAAGUCACCGAAGAAGCCUCGCGGAGCAGAUAGAAGCAUCCGCAGCUUCUUCGAGCCAGUGCCCAGAUGAUAAGAGGACGGCGAGAGAGACCGAUAAGAAUCGUUAUCUAGCGUGAUGAUUGACAUUAGGUGUGAAUGUGAGUUAUUCACGUGCAAUCUCUUAGAUUGCGAUAAGUCAGGGUUGAAUCAAUAACAGCAUAACCGUACCAGACAUUCGUU